AUGUGUGUCGAGACUACUGUCAGCACGCCUAGAACACCCCCAGAGCUUCUCGGGCCGAUCGCCUUAGCACUGAGGCCAAAACCUGAGCAAACAGCAGCGGAAACCCAGUCGAAUGUGGCCACAACUAUUAGCGCCCCUAAGCAGACGCUCACCUCCUCGACGGGCCUAAACACGGGCCUCGUUGUCACCGAUGCAGACGCAGACAAGCCUUCGAGUCCCCCCAAAAAUACUGCCCCCCCAGCCCUCGGGCUGGACCAUGGCGGCCUUUCCUUUGGAAACAUCCCACUCUUGAAUAUGCUCGACGACUGGCACUCUAGGACAGAUGACCCCUGGAACACCCUCAACAGCAACAAGCAGGCUCACGAUGGGCAGACCCACAACGACCCCACGCAACCAUCGAAGGGGGAGCUGAAUAUCAUCGACAUAACCGAUCCCAUUUCUGUAGAUACAUGUGGGGAAGAUGGAGAGGGGGCGACUGCUCCGCACUUAAUGGGACUGAGUGAGUGUGCGGAUAUUGAGCACCCGUCCAACAAUGGGGGUUAG